AUGGCCGCCAUCCUUCCAAGGAGGGCGUUCUCGGCAGACUUGUUGCCUGCUUUCGAUUCCGAAAGAGAUCGCGACAACUACGUGCUGUUGUUGGGCAGAGAGGGCAGAGAGCCUCAUCUAAGUGUGAAGAUCAAAUCCACGCAGACCUCGAGUGUUGAGAUCUGCUGCACAGAUCCAGACAGCUGCACGCGUUACGUGCUGGAGCACUCAUUGCUUCACUUCAAUGAGAAGCCCGCCGAUGAGGAGACCGUCAUCCUGAAGAUUCCGGCCGCGUCAUCCACGAGGUGCAAUCUGACCGCUCUAGGCCUGAGCAAGAAGUUAUCGUUAACGCUGGAUUUGAUGGUGGCGGUGAAGUCCGUCAAGAACUUGUGCGAUUGUCGCAAGAACUUCUGCAGCUGCUGCAAUGGUUACGAGGGCCACCUCGACGCUGAAGCAGAGGAAGUCCAGAACAUGUUGGCGAAAGAUUUCUGCACUCCGGUGCCAUGUGCCAUCGAUAAUUCGAACUGGGAGCCAGGUCCGUUGUGUAACUGCAGCAAUGGCUAUGCUGGGAACAUUGUCUGGGAGGGGGCCCAAGUCAGUGGCAGUUGUACCCCUGCUCCGUGCUACAUUGUAAAUUCGACCAGGCAGCCGGGACUCCAGUGCCAGUGCAAAGACGCUUUCUCCGGUGAGGUUCAAUGGCACCAAUCCAUUGCUUCUGGUGAAUGUCUGCCAGCUGCCUGCGGCGUUCCAUAUUCCACCGGCGUGGGGCCGGAUUGCAAGUGCAUGCCCGGCUAUGACGGCAACAUCAGCUGGAACGGUUCAGAAGCUAGCGGGGCAUGUGCACCGGCUGCAGGCUGUGCAGACAACGUUGAAAACAGUGUAGGCGAAGGACCCCAAUGCAAGUGCAAAGAUGGUUUCACAGGCAAGGUUCUUUGGCAGGGUGCAGUGCCUCACGGAAGCUGCAAAGCAGCAGACUGCCGUAUAGAGAACUCCAACCUCGAACCCGGUCCAGGCUGCAAAUGCAAGGAUGGCUAUGUGGGUGAUAUAAGGUGGCAUGGAGACCGUCCGAGCGGCUCUUGUACACCGGCGCCCUGCGCUAUCAAGAACUCCAACCUGGAGCCUGGGCUGGGCUGUCGGUGCAAGAACGGUUUCCAAGGAGAGAUCACGUGGCAUGGUCCAUCAGCCGCUGGAACUUGUGAGAUUGUGCCCUGCCGUGUUCUCCACUCUGACCACGCCAUGCUUGUCCAUGGCCGCCCGCAACUGCUAAAUGGUACUGGUAGGUUCAGCAGCUAUGUGAAGCACAAAAUGAGGUGGGCUUCUGCAGAUGCCUUGCCACCGGCCAAGUGCAAGGUGGUGCCCGACCCAGAGCACUUCAGCCUUUCAAGCUGGUGCGCAGCGACGCCUGGGCAGCCACAGUGCUCCCCGCGAAUCGUCUAUACUGUGACCAGCCACAAUGCAUCUCACUAUGCUUGCGAUGGUUGCAAGACGCCGGAGCAUGCCCUGACUGAGUUUAGAGGCAGCCGUUGUGGAUAUGACCUUAUCAAGUGGGAGUCCUUCACCAUUAAACCUGGAUCACCUGAUGCAUGCACAUGCAAUCUGUCUUCGAGUUGCAGCGAAGUACCUGCAGAUGAGCUCCCCAGGGCUUGCAUCCAGGCCGCGGAGCCUGCGGUUCUGAGUCUGAGCAUUGGAAGGGAGGAUGAGGAGAGAUUCUUGAUAUUCCAUGAUACCGGCGAGCUCCUUGCAACAUCCAGCAAGGGCAGUGCUGCUGACGUUGAGGAUGAUGCGCUGGGUGCCAUGUCUGCGGAAUGGCUUUCUGACGGGGAGAAUCUUCUCAUCAAAAGCCCUCUGGGGACCCAUCUCUGGCAGGGGGAAGGAGCCGGCUUGCAAUUCGCCUACGAGGCAAAAAAUAGCGAUGAACUUCCCGGCCGGUUGCGCGCCAACACGGUGCUUCCAGAGUGGUGGAAGGCGAAGUUCAAGCAGGAAGCGGCUCUGCCCGGCAGUUUCAACACCGACAAAUUGGCGGGCUGCGAGUUCAUUUUCAAGUCGAAGGGCUCAUGCUACAGUGCUCGGUUGGGACAGGGUGUCUGGGUCUUGCCAGCACCAGGAGAUUGCGUGUUUCAGGAUGUCGCGAAGGCAAACGGCAGCAUCGCUUACAAGUACAUGUCAUCAGCCUUUGGGCUCCAAACUUACAGAUCUGAUGUGACCUGCUACCCGACAGCAGCCUUCGAAGAAAUUCUUGUGCAGGUGGUCGAUGUCGGCAUGCCAACGGCGGAUUUCGACUACACGGUUGCCAGGUCUCCCUGCCGAACAACGAUACGCUACAUGACGGAUGCAAGGUUAAAGCUGUCCGAAUGCCGCAGCUUCUUCAAGUAG